UAAUUGAACUUUCAGCCACAUUUCAAUUGUCGUUUUGUAACCAUGAUUGUUGGAAUUUUGGCAUGUCUCACGGCCACUUUUACUCUCGGAUCUGUUUUUGCACCUAUCAAGAGAUUUCCAUCAAGUGAUGGUUUCAUGGUUCAAUUCUUCAUGAGUCUUGGUGGAUUCAUCACAAGUCUUGCAAUCCAUGCUUUACUUGGUUUUCCCCCAAUUUAUCCAUUGGCUAUGCUUGGAGGAGCUCUGUGGUGUGCAGCAAACGCCUUUGCAUUUCUCAUAAUGAACCGUCUUGGAUUAGCAGUUCCAAUUCUUAUUUGGAGUACUGUAUCCUGUUUAACAGGAUGGGCAACCACUAGAUAUGGGUUAUUUGGUGUACCGAAAGGUAUUCCAAGUUCAGUGAUUCUUAAUUAUAUUGGUAUUAUUGUUCUUGUUGUCGGAAGUUCUUUCUUCCUUUUCAUCAAGAGCCACGUCUACAUUCCAAAAAAACGAAACAAUUCUGAGAGUCUUACGUCGGGAGGAGAAAUUCCAUCAAAGAAAAGUAUGGCAACGCAAUCCUCAGAAGAAGAUGAUAUAGUUCAACACCCACAUCAUGUUUCUCCAAUUGUUAGAAUAGUAUGCUUCCUUGCAGCAAUUUUCAGUGGCCUAUUCUAUGGAAGCAUGUGCACUCCAGUAACAUUUAUCCAAAAUAGGCCAGAUUUAUACCCAGGUGCACCAACUGAAGGGCUUCCUUAUCUAUUUUCAUUUUUCUGUGGAAUCAUGCCAAUGUCUACUUUCGUAUUGGUCAUCUAUUCUGCAGUCAAAAAGAACAAUCCAUCUCUUCCAUCAUAUUUGGUACUUCCAUCACUUUUCGGAGGACUUUUAUUUGCAAUUGGAAUGGGAGGAUUUUUCAUUGGAAAUCAAAAACUUUCACAAACAAUUUCCUAUCCAAUCUGUUCAUUUGCACCUGGUUUGAUUGUCAGUGCAUGGAGUGUCCUGUAUUUUAAGGAGAUUACGGGAAAACGAAAUUUAAUUCUACUCGGUAUUGCAUAUGCAUUCACACUUGUUGGAGUCAUUAUGGUAACAGUAUCCAAGGAUCUUUGAUCAAUUUUAAUCAAACUUGAUUCUAUUUGUCAAUUGAUAAUCGAUUAUUUUCCCAUAACGAACAGGAAAACAAUCGAAAUUUCUCACGAAUAAACGGUUAAAAACACUUU